UCCACCGCUGAACGUUAAACAGAGGAGACAAAGCGACGGAGUAAUUACCCCCCGCCUAUCGAAUUAAAUUCUGUUUGCAUUUUAACUGUUUAAUUACCAAAAAAACCGAUCGGAAAAGGACCUCAGGGCUUUCAGACUCUACAACCACCAGACAUGGACCCAUGAUUUUUUUAAACAUACAGACACAAAUGGAGAAAUUGGAACAUCUUGUUCAUUCUGAAUGCCGAUACUUGCACAUUCUAUAAUUGGAACAGUUAAGACAGUGAGGAAAAAGUCCAAUGUCCCUUCUAUGACUCUCACCAUUUGAAUCUUUUGGCUUCAGAUGGCUGCAGCAAUGGACAGUGAGGAAGACCUCUCUCAUAACAGUGAUGAUGGAGGCAUAGAGCAAAAUGAUUUCAUACAAGAUGAGAAAAAAAGAGAGGCGAAAGCAACCUGUCUGAAAAUAGAGGGUCAGGAUGGUUAUGUGUUUAAGUCAUAUAGAAUUACCCCUUGCAAAUCUACGAAUGCAAAUUCAACCACUUUGUCUUCAGAGACACUGGCUAAAGAAAAUUCCUCUGUGUCCUCUGAUAGGAUGUCGGAGGAUCAUUCUUCUCAGGUUGAUGAACAACCGUCAGAACCUCAACCAUCAGACAGACUUACCUCUCUUGAAGAGACGUGUGAUAAGCAGAGUUUUCCCAAUCCUCUGGCCAUUUCGAAGGAGAGCCCAGAUGCUGCACCCUUGUUAAAAAAUGAAAGGACACUGGAACUACCAGAAAAUGAAACAAAUAUACAUAUCAAAGAAGAAACAAAUGCAAUUCGGGAUAUGCACGAUGAUGAGAAUUUUGCCUUUGAUAACUCAAUAACACCCUUUGCUACCAGAGAUAAUGAGGACUAUGGUAAUUUACUUAAUUACUCUAGUACUCUUUAUGAUGUGGCAAUGGAUGCUGUGGCACAGAGUCUUCUGUCAUCAAUAAGAGCUCCUGUUAACCCUCGGAAGAAGUCACCUGCUUGGAAUCAUUUCUUCAUAUCACCACGAAAUAGUACCAAAGCAAUCUGUAUGUACUGUAUGAAAGAGUUCAGCCGCGGAAAGAACGAGAAAGAUCUCAGCACAAGUUGUCUGAUGAGACAUGUGCGAAGGGCUCACCCUACUGUGCUAUUACAGGAAAGCGAGUUUUCCAGUAGUACCCCAGUUUCUUCAUCUUUAAUACCUCCCUUAAAUUCACCAAAUAAUGGGGACUUGGCAGCUAACACCGUAUCUGCUUCACAAAAAACCACUUCUACGUUGGCCUCCUCUGCCGACGGCACUGAGGUUCCUUCCAAAGUGUUCCAAGAUACACCAAAAUUAGAGAAAAUUGCCAAAAAUGAAACCUGCAAGGCUUCCUCCCCUCAUUCCAGCAGCAACUACAAAGAUGCUAUAGAUGGCACAUCAGAGUCCAUCCCUAGUACUCUGAAAAACUCAAACUCCCGUAGAAGAUCUGCAGUAUGGAAGCAUUUUUACCUGUCCCCUGCAGAUAACUCUAAGGCAGUGUGCAUACACUGCAUGAAUGAGUUCAGCCGGGGGAAGAAUGGCAAAGACUUGGGAACAAGUUGUCUUAUUCGUCACAUGUGGCGAGCCCACAGAGACAUAGUGAUAGAAGAAAAUGGACAGGGUUCUAGCAUUCCUCCACCUUAUACCACCCCACCCACACUUUUGUCACGCCUUCAGCUGCAGGAAACAAAUGAGUUAAAGAAAGAACCCCUCUUUGUUUCAUCCUCUCCUGAAACAGUGUGUGAUGAGGUGUCACAAAAUUGUAGCUUGAAUGUGGAUGUGAAAGAGGACUCAAAUGAUGAGAUGUAUCAUUCAGGCCAAGAGUCUUCACUUGACAUUUCAUUAGAUCAUAAAGGGGACAAAGAACCACAUCUAACUUCAGUACCGGAUGACCUCUCGGAAGGCGCAAGCCUAAACCAAAAUCUGAGUUCCGUAUUCCAACAAAACAAAAGAAUCAUGAAGAGAGUCAAGUCAGAAGUUUGGCAUCACUUUAUUGUGUCCCCUGCUGACCAGCUCAAAGCAUUAUGCCGGUACUGCCCCUGUGUUAUCAGCAGAGGUAAACGUGGAGACUUUGGGACAAGCUGCCUAAUGAGGCAUCUCAUGAGGCGGCAUCCCGACGUUCUUGAUGGUCAAAAAAGCACAUAUGAUAAAGUGUCCUCAUCUGGCUCACCGUACGACACCCCUGCUGCUGCUGCUGAAGCUUUGUCAUCAAAAAUAGCUGACAGCCCUGCUGCCGAAAAGAAGCUGCACGCUUUGCCUGUUUUUAGCAAAAAGACUUCAAAGUUAUGGAACCAUUUUUCUAUUUGUGCCGCUGAUCCAACAAAAGUUGUUUGUUUGCACUGUAAUCGCACAAUAAGCAGAGGUAAAAAGACUACAAACCUCGGCACCAGUUGCUUAUUUAGACAUAUGCAGCGCUUUCACGGACACGUUCUUGAAAAUAAUGGCAGUAUCUCAGGUGCCGUGUCUUCUGCUGGAAUUCAAGUAAAGGAGGAACUCAUGGACACUUCUUCCUAUGAAGAAAACUGUGAAAAAUUUAAUGAGUACCACCCAGUUGCCAAAAGAAUCACCAGAUUGGUUGCUGAAAUGCUUGCACUGGAUCUGCAGCCCUCAACCCUCGUGGAGAAUGUUGGUCUCACUCGAUUACUGGAAUAUCUACAACCACAGUACUCAUUACCUUCAUCCUCCUAUUUCACAAGCACUGCCAUACCAGAGAUGUACGAGAGGGUGAAGGAGGUUGUUGUUACACACAUGAAAGAGGCAGAGAGUGGGAUUAUCCACUUCACGACAAGCAUUUGGGUCAGCAGCCAAACUAAGGAGUACUUAACUGUGACAGCUCACUGGGUAACAUAUGAAUCGUGUGUUCGACCUCAGGGCCAGGACUUCCACUGUUCUGCUCUCCUCAAUGUGUCUCAGAUUGACUGUGAUGAAAAUAUGCUGAACAUUCAGAAGCAGCUUGAGUACCUCUGGGAUUCUUGGAUUACUUCAUCAGGUCUUAAAAUUGGAUUCACUGUAUCUAACAUUGGAAACACACUGGAUAGUAAUGAGCAUGCUACCUUGCAAUGUUUCGGGCACACUAUUGACCUCAUUGUCAAUGAAGCCAUAAAGAGCCAGAGAAUGGUUCAAAACCUGCUGAGCAUCGCCAGAAAAAUUUGCGAGCGCGUUCAUCGUUCGGCAAAAGCAAAGGAGAAGCUAUCUGAACUUCAAAAGGCAUACCACUUGCCCGAAAAUCAGCUCGUUCAAGACGUCCCUUCUAAGUGGAAAACAUCCUUUUACAUGCUUGAACGAUUAGUGGAACAAAAGCAAGCAAUUGAUGAAAUGUCUAUAGAGUGCAAUUUCAGGGAACUCAUCAGCUGUGACCAAUGGGAGGUGAUUCAGUCGGUGUGCAAUGCUUUAAAACCUUUUGAAGUGGCCUGCAGCGAGAUGAACAAUAGGACUGCUACGCUAGGCCAAGUCAUACCGCUAAUUCAUAUUCUCAAUCGAAAGAUAGACAUGCUCUUUGACGAGACUAUGGGCAUUGACAAUAUGCUGAAGUCUCUGAAGGAGGCCAUGGUAAGCCGAAUGUCCUCCACGCUUCAUGACCCGAGAUACACUUGGGCAACAAUGCUGGACCCUCGGUAUAAGACCUCGUUGUUCACAGAGGAAGAAGCAGAGCAGUGCAAACAAGACCUUAUCCGAGAACUCGAGGCAUCGUUAUCUACCUCAGUUGAUCCAGAGCCUUUGCUUUCCAAUGGAUGCAACAAAAUCCCAGCUUCAUCUGACAGCAGUCUCACUACAAAUAAGGACAACCUCUGGGCCCUCAUGGAUGAUAUUCGGAGCAAGAUAAAGCAGGAGGAGCGACCUAAAUCAUCAGAGCUGGCAGUGCAAGAGUAUCUUGAGGAAGAAAUACUUGAUCAAAGCUGUGAUCCCCUGGAUUAUUGGAACCUUAAAAAGUUUCUGUGGCCAGACCUUGCCAAAGUGGCAGUCCGCUAUGUGGGCUGCCCUCCAAGCAUUGUCCCAGCAGAGACGCUGUUCAGCACAGCAACUUCAAACUGUGCCAUGAGUCAGUCUAGGCCAUUGCUGGAAAACCUGGAGGGACUUAUCUUUUUAAAGGUCAACCUCCCAUUGAUAUUUUUUCAAUACUGAGGAUUUUUUUUCCCCCCCC